AUGUUUGUGGCCACGCCAACGACCAAGGUGGUCAAGUUCAAGGACGGAGCGUUUAUUGUGUGCCUCGUGCCGCUGGACAAUCAGUGCCUUCGCGUGCAGACGUUGGUCACACAUAACCUCGCGCCGCUGCCCGAGACGAUUGUCGCGCUCUCGUGCCUCCUCGACUGGGACGCUACUCUGGCGCGCGCCUAUGCCGACACGAUCAUGCUUCUGGACCCGACGACGGGCGCGGUGGUGGAGCUCCAACUGACCGUGGUCUCGGGUCAGCUCGCUUGGCAGCUGCAGUGCGCUCAGAAAGCGGCGCCAGCCAAUUCAAACGAGUCGUCGCUACUCUGGGCUGUCUUUCACGUGUUUGAGAAGUUUCCCGUGCACGCCAUGAUGGACACGACGUUGCGCCGCCCGGCGCUGCAGCUGCGGGCCCACGCGUCGUCGCCGGCGCGUCGAGACGUGCUUUUGACGACGCUGAACGCGGUGAUGGCCAAGCUCGAAAGCCUCCAGAAGGACUUGACGCCGCUGGCGUUGGCGAAGGACGCGAUCGUGGACGCCACGUUGCUGGUGUGGCCGACAAUGGCCCUCGCGCCGUGGAUCCUCGAGCUGGUUGGCUUCGUCCCUGUGCCCAUUUGCCGCGCGCAAGACAAUCAACUUCUACUGCUGCGCGACGGCGUUGCGGCGGCGUAUCCCGACGGGUCGGAAGCGCACACGCUGGCGCCGCAGAUUGACUUUGGUGCCGCGAGCCACGUGCUCAAGGCGUGGCGAGGCCCUGUCGUUGUGCUCACGUCGAUGGGAAAGCAGUCGACGGGCAAGUCGUAUUUUUUGAACCACCUCACGGGCAGUUCGUUUGCGAUUUCGGGCGCGCGCUGCACAGACGGCGUGUGGCUGACGCUGCGUCAGCUGGGUCGUUGCCUCGUGGUCGUGCUCGAUUUUGAGGGCCUCGGAUCGUUUGAGCGGUCGGCGCAAGAGGACACGCUGCUCUCGGUCCUCAACGCGGCCGUCUCGCGCCUCACGGUGUUUCGCAUUGAGAUGCGAUUCGACAAGGACGUGGACAGCAUGUUUGGGAAAUUUCAGCAAGGCGUCGCGCUGCUCAAGGGCGACGAGCGACUCUUUUGCGGCCACCUGCUUCUCAACGUCAAGGACGUCAACCCGCACGACCAAGCGUCGGUCAUCGCCGAGUUCAAGUCGAAGCUCGAGGCGGUUUUGGGCGAAAACAAGGCCAACAACUUUGUCAAGGUCAUGUAUGGCGGCGGCGUGAACAUCACGUGCUGUCCACCGCUGGGCAACCAAGGCUACUAUGAGGCGCUUGAAGAAGCCGCUGACAGCUUGCACGCCGCACGCGCCAAGGCCUAUGCGAACGGCGCCGACUGCCACGAAACUCUGAGCAUGGUGCUGGCCAAGAUUUCGCUGCUCGAUUGGACCAACAUGGGCGACAGCGUUCAGGCACACAAGUCGGCGCAGCUGUGCGAAGAUAUUCGCCACGCUCUGCGCUAUGGCUGCCUCGACGACGACAUGACGCUUGGCCCGGACGACGAUGCGACCAUGACGGCCCAGCGCCAGACUACUAUUAUGGCUCCCGAUGCCGGUCUGGAUCUGCCGCCCGACGAAAUGCUUGAUUUCGAGUUGGAUGUCACCGACGACGACGACAUGCAGUCGACUCUGGCGAUGGCCAAGGCCAUCUUGCUGCGCUACCUGCAGCGAUUCCUGAUGCGCGUGGACGCGCCGCGCAGCCGGGUAUCGGAAGCGCUCUUUGAUGCGGUGUGGAACUUUGUCGUCUGGCGCCGCGAGUACCGCGUCCGGUCGUGGUUUGCAUCGCUCGCAGCUGGGGGCCGCGCCGAGGCCGAUUUGCUGGACGUUUGCGCGCGCCAGAUGAAGCAGUAUCUGCGCCGCUGCCAGCACACGUGCGCCAAGUGUCAGCUCGGGUGUUUUGAGUCGUUUUUGCACGAAGCCAACGUCGACCACGACUGCGGCACGGACCACCGAUGCGCAGGCUGCUGCUCGUACUGCACGACGGGCAAUGUGCCGUGCGGGGCCGCCGCUGGACACACUGGUGCUUGCAACUGCGCGCGCGCCAACCACACGUGUACGUCGCGCUGCGAGAUGGCGCGUGCGAGCAACUGCGACGGCGGUUGCCACCUUCCCGUUGACCACGACGGACCGCACUUGUGCAACGUGGCCGAGCAUCGCUGCAGUCACCCGUGCACGGCGCCCGACUGCCGCAGUCUGUGCACACAGCGCUUUGCCAUCGCCCACGACCGUCACGACUGCGGAUCGUCGAGCUGUCUGCGUGGCUGCAGCAUUGCAGGGUGUUCUCGACCGUGCACUGUCCGAGACCACUUUCACGCCGCCGACCAUUCGUGCGGCGCGGACCACCGAUGCGCGACCGAGUGCGCAGCCGACGGCGUGUGCGAGGUCAAGGUGCAGCGUGCGUCGUCGACCUUUGAAGGAGGCCGUGGCACGUUUGAGUAUACACGGCAGACGAUGGUGGGCGUGCGCAAGAAGUGCGCGGCCUUGCUGCCGGCCGGCGCGCUCGACCAUGACGGCGCUGCGCACAUGUGCGAAGUCAAUGAGCACACGUGCACUGCGCAGUGCCCGUGCUGUCGCUACUACUGCACGAAAGCUGUCGGACACGCCGGCUUGCACGCGACGUCGCAUGGCAACAUGACGGAGACGUACUUUGUCUCGGACGUUGCCAGCGUGGACAUUGACGGACGGGCGUACGUGGCGGGCGAAGACGGCGUAGCCGAGAUGUGCCCUUUCUUUUGUGUCAAGAUGGGUCGCGGCCACGUGCACUAUGUCCCUUGCAAUCACGCGAGCGCCGACGUGUGCAUGGCCUCGGACGGACGCCGCCACUGCACGACGGCGUUGGAACCGCACCCAACGCAGCCCAUGGACGAAGUACUCCACGCAGCGUACUGGAAGAUACAAGGGUGGGAAGAUCCGGUGGCGAGUGCGAUGGACCGCCAUGCCUUUGGCUUGUGUCCGUAUCAGUGCGCGGCGCCCGGCCACAAGGAAGGCGAGACGUCGUACUGCACCUUGGACGCGUGGCACGCGCCGGUGGUGGCUAACGCGCCGCCCGGCCACACGCUCGUGCGCGGCCACGUGUUGCCGUGUACGCACACGGCGCACCGCGGCAUGGUGCAUCAUGUGUUUGUCCUCGACACCUCGGGCUCGAUGCGCGGCCAGAAGUGGAUUGACGCCAAGGACGCGGUGUACGCGUAUAUCGCCCAGCAGCGCGCCAAGAAGGGUGCCAUGUACCCCGACGUGGUGUCUGUCAUUUCGUUCAGCGAGGGCAGCGAAAUCGUCUACGAAGCGCGUCCGAUGUGCAAGAUGGGCCGCAAGACGUGUGCGGCGAUUCCGUUUCGCGGUUAUGGCACCAACUACAAUGACGGUCUGCGCGCGGCGAUCGAGGUGCUCUCGCGCAACAACCAUGCCACGUACACGCCGGUGCUGCUCUUCUUCACCGACGGACGCCCCCACCACGCGAGCAACGGCGUCGACUUGGCGCGGUACAUUGCGACAACCUUUGGCUGCUACGGACCGCUCAGCUACUGUGUUGGGUUUGGGCGCGACGACUUUGCCUUUCUCGAGCAGCUCGCCGGCGAUCUUGAGGGCGCCUACCACAAUGCCGUCGAUGGUGUUGAUCUUCUUGCGACGUUUGCCGAGAUCUCGGUCGCCGUGCACGCCAAGACGGGGCUUGUCUCGCGCGGCGCAGCGCCAUAG